GCACAUCCAUCGAGCCAGCAGCGGGAGAUAGCAGCUUGCCCCAGCCGCUGGCCAACAGUGUGAAGUAAUUGAAAGGAGGACGCUUGCAAACUAUAUCGGAGAUUACGAUGGCGGAAGCAGCCCCCGAGAAGGAAGUGGACACAGCAUUAUUGGUCACGCGCAAGAAUCCACGCGGGAUCCCGGAAGUGGUCUUCAUCGAUGAUGUCGUCCAAUUCCUGGCGCGACUAGGUGUAGAAGAGGUGGAAACUCCCAUCGGGGCCUUCAACGAGCUCUACAGCAAGUACAAGCUGAUGGAGAGCAAUAUGGACAAAGCCAAGCAGUCCAUGAAGGACAAGGUGCCGGAAAUUGAGCGCUCGCUCGAGCUCGUCAGGCACCUCCAGGAACGACAGGACAAGGGGGAAACCGUCAAGACUAACUAUAACCUAGCCGACACGGUGUUCGCAAAAGCAGAACUCAAGUGUGACGGCCGGGUAUGCAUCUGGCUUGGGGCAUCGGUGAUGGUGGAGUACACAUACAAGGAGGCUUUGGAGUUGCUCGAGAGAAACUUGGCAACUGCCCUGGAGAAACAAAAAACAACACAGGAAGACUUGGAGUUUUUGCGAAACCAGAGCAUCACCGUGGAGGUGAACACGGCGCGCUUGUACAACUACGACGUCCUGAGGCGGCGGAAGGCAGAAGAAGCCAAAAAGAGGAAAAAGGAGGCUAAGUCCGCGGCGUGAUAACCUGCUCAUCUCGAACGGGCCCUUAUUAGAUAAGUUAUAUCCAACUCGAGUUAGCCAACACAUCGCGAAAAGAAGAGUGCCGACAAUCGGAAAAGCAGGGUUACACCCCUGCAUGCCGCAGAACGUGUCCUAAAGCGCAUGUCUGUCCUAGGCGCAUGGCGGUGUUCAGUGGUAACCAACAGCGGUCCCGAUACAGCGGCCAUGAAGUUGAACUUGCUUAAGACAUAGCCUGCCGUUGACUUUGCGUCGUGUGUCCUAUAGGCCUGCUUCUGGAGCAAGCCUAUUUUGCUCGACAACGAUAGAUACCGUUCGCCGUUGAGGUUUUUCUCUGAUGCGACUGACGUUCCGGUUUUGGAGCCGAGCAUGUUAUUGAAGGGGGGAUGAAUGGGGAUCUGUUUAUGUUUAUAUCGAGGUCGAGAGUGCCGGUGUGUGCAACACGAAGCACGGAGUUAGAUGUAACGUCGCCUUGUAGAUUACUCACAAAGAGAGACCUGUCAACGACUCUACACUGGUGUACACUCGAAGAUUUGCCAUUCCAUUGUUUUUUUCGUCCAAGCACGACCAUCGCAUGGGCGAGUUUUCGUGUUCUCCUUCUCGCGCGCGUGUGGAUCAAGGCUUUUUUGCCGUCGCGAUGUCAACAACGCCACCGGCCAACUUGGAGCAAUCAUUUCCCUU